AUGUCCACUACAACAUCGACAAGGACAACGCCCUCCUUCGACCCAACAGGCUUGUCUCCUCGAAUACGGCCCUCUCCUCGGGCUCACGUACCUCGAGAUGGCUAUUCUCGACAAGGGUCCCGGGCUGGUUCCGUCACUGGGAGUCCCGAUGGCCAAUACCCAAGGAAACGCAAUCCAGCGCUGCCGAAAACGUUCACCAGAGAUAUCGACCCGUUCCUAGCUCAAUAUCUCAAGCCUUCUGUUAAUGAUAGACACGUGCUGUACUUCAAAAACUUGGAGAAACACACCAAAGUUCGUGGCUAUGACUUUUACAGUCAAUACUUUAACAAAUCCACCAUCCCGGAAAGUCCGAAGCAGAUUCAGAAUCUCCGGGGUAUUAUCAAAGAGCGUAAUCGCGUGGUUUCACCUUUAUGUCGUCAAGUACCAUCACCCUACCAAGAAUCACUGAGUGACGAUGAGGAUGAAGAUACUGUACGGGGUCAACGCCGGAGGAUAUCUGGCGGCGAACUGGCAUCGCCUGGACCUACGACCAAAAAACCACACGCGCAGGUGUUUACUACCCGCCUACCGCCCGAUUUCAUGAAAUGUUCCAUCGAUGAUCUCAUAAACCUUAUUUAUCGCAUGCUACAGCUGUUGAUCAACCUUAACGACAAAAGCGUGCCUCUAGUGGUUUCCAAUCCAGGCAGUGCGGACAGUAGUGAACUUUCUCCCGAAGAGAAGAAGAAGCUACUUACGAGAUUCCACUCGAGAACACCGCCGGCGAUCUCGAUCCAAACAUACCUUGCCAGAUUGACCAAGUUCAACAACUUCACGCAAGCUACACUCCUCACAACAAUCUACUACAUUGACCUCUUGUCACACAACUACCAGCCAUACUUCACGCUCAAUUCCUGGACUGUGCAUCGGUUCUUGCUUGUGGCAACGAUGCUCGCGCAGAAACUGCUCGAGGAUUUUUUUUAUACGAACGACCAUUACGCAAAAGUUGGGGGUGUGGCGCUUACGGAACUUAACUGCCUAGAGCUAGAUUUCUUAACACGGGUCAAUUGGAAAUUGGUGCCGGCGAAACACUUGGAUAAUAACACAACAUCGAUCCGGUAUAGCAAGCAGGUGCUCGAUCUCUACUAUGAGCAACUCAUCAGUCUCAUGGGGAGCAAUUUAUCCGAGUGCAAUAAUGUCGUUUACACGCUAGCUGUGGCGGAGCAUAUAUAG